AUGGAGAUUUUUGGCGUUAGAUUAGGUAAGAUUAAUGACAAUAAUAGGGAUAAAGAGGACAAAAAGUUGUUGUUAGGCUAUAUAGAUAAAGUAGGAGUGAUAGAAAAAUAUUUGGAAAGCCUUCGUGUUGCUUUCCUUGUCCAAAUCUAUGAUAAUGAGGAUAAACCAUUGUCGGAAAAUUCUAAAGAAGAAGUCUACUCGAUUUACUCAUGUUAUCAAGAAAAAAUAACAAAACCGAUCAUAGAAGACUUUCAAAAAUUGUACGAUGGUUUUGAGAAUAAAAUUAAUAAAAUCGCAAAGGAAUAUUCAAAUAACAAUGAAUUCAAGAAAGCUAUAUAUGAAUUUAUUGGUGAAGUUGUAAUUGAGUCAAAAAAUACAAUUUGGAAAGAACGCUGUGAAGAAGUUAAUAAAUGGGAACGAGAGAACAUACUAAAGAUGAUAAAAAAAGAAAUAUAUUAUGGAUUCAACAGAGAAAGAUGGAGACAAGCUGAGUUUUAUAAAUUUUAG